UUUUUUUUUUUAAUUUUAAUGGGCUACAUUCAACACUUUCCAUUUCAAUUGCAUCCGAGAGUCGGAAAGAGGAAACAAAUAUAGAUUGAAGAAGGAAACUGUAACUACUUUACUAUGUCUCUUGUGGUUCACUCUCGUCUUCCACUUCCAUCCACUUUGUGGAAAUCGAAGCAGAAAAUUAGGUUAAACCCGCUAUCGUCGCCCUCAUUCAUAGCUAGCAGAAGCAGCAGAAAUUUCGGGUGCAGUGCUAUUAAUAUAAAUUAUAAUAAUAAGAAUGAUAGCAGUAAUUCUUCAAAUGGGGUCACAUGGUGUUUCUUCAAUCCAGCGAAAGACCCCAUCAUUCAAGAAGCUCUCAAGCGCUUUCCCUAUGCUGAUUCGCUAAUGACUGAGUUCUCAACAGACGAAACUGCAGGUAGAAGUCCGAUUAAACAGGAACCGGUGGCAUUCUUCGGCGGCGUGUUUGCGGGUAUUUUGAGGCUUGACUUGAAUGAGGAGCCACUGAAGGAAUGGAUUACGAGGACCGUGGAAGCUGCUGGUAUUAGUGAAGAAGAAACUAGUGCACAAGGCUCCACAACUGAAGCAGCUCCUCAAGAGAUUCAGAUUGAAUAAUCACUUGAAUUGUUUCUUCUGUAUACAAGUUUUUAUGAAACCAUACUGAUAAUGCAAUAAAAAUUGGUUCAAUUUGAUUAUAGGCAUUAAAAGCAGA